UUCAGCUUCACUUUCGUGACUCUUCAUACCAGCAUGUGAAUCAAACGCCUAGGCUUUAGAUCAAUAGGAAGAGCCUGUCCAGCUUCGCCUAAUUCCUCUUAAUAUUUGUAAAUUAUUAGCACCGAAAUAAUGUCAUCAUCAAAAGGGACUGCGGAGCCAGGCAAGAAGAGGGCAACCGAAGUCAUGGACGCAAUGAAGGGCAUGACCGCCUACUCAACCGAUGAUUUAUUCUUUGUGGCUCGGUACGGCGCAACCGCUAAAAAUGAAAUGAGCACUGCAGAGUACGCGGAAUUCCAGCGCCUUACGACGCUGUGCGGGAAACUGGAGGCUGCCAAAGAUGAGCAGGGAGCCGCGGAGGCGGAGGCCAAAGUGAAGGAGUUGUUAACACCUUACCCGACUCUGCUACGUGAUUUCGACAAAUUUGGUGCAGCAGCGACAAGGGCGGCGGCGGCUUUUGGAAAGGGUGCGAGGAGAGCAAAGUAAAUCGAUGGAGCAGUUGUUUGAGUAAGUCUAUGUUGGCACACUUGUACGUAUGGGACAAGAUAUAGAAGGAGAAUACGUUUAUGAAGUAUGGUACAACUGUUAGAGUUGGUUUAAUAUAGGUUCCAAAGUACUAAAUGCUGCAUAUAUCCAACCAAAGGUGAUCACUGAGUUGGUUUCUUCUGUGCGAAGGCCAACAGCUGAAUCAGUUCACCGGUACCCGGCUUGUGUAAAUCUUCUUCCUCCCAGAUCUUGGUCAGUACCAUGCCGCUCUUGCGCAUUACUCCCUGACUAGCAGUAUUCAGGAGCACCGUGGCGGCCAUAACGAGCUCAUCUUUGAUAGGCCCGUCGCCACUAAUGAGCGACACAUCGACUGGCCACUCAGCUUCUUCACGCGGUAGCGUCCACCAAUGGUCUAAAAAGGCCUUGAGAAAUUCGGUCGCAUAGCCAUUGCCCCAUGCCUCCGAUCGCAAGGUGUAGAAGAGUGUUGGCCACCCGAGGUCUCCCUGUCUCCGGUGGUGGCCACCAAUGCCCACCAUUUCGCCUGUGCCCUUUAAGCAGAUUGCAAAAGCCAAGGAUUCAGGGCUGGACAUCAUCUUAUCUAAUUCUUUCUUGGUGAUGUCAAUAGACUCAUUGGGUUUACCCUUGACAGACCACCGCAUCACCUCCACCUGAGUGCGCAUAAUAUGAAGCACAUCCAAGUCAGACGAUCGCAGGAGACGUAAUCGCAGUCUCUCUGUGAGAAUCUCCAGCGUUGGAGGCUUGUCAAUGGGAAGCCGAGGGAGGGUUGACCGGAUGGUCACUCGUUCUCGGGGUGUAACCGGAAUUGUAGCGGACAUGACGAUUAUAUGAGGAUAUAUCAGAAGGAAUUAAAGAAGAAAGAGUCGGAACUGUGCAAAGGCGUGCACGACGAUCUUAUCACUACAAGUCGAGUGAGGCUGAAGGGGGCAUCCACGGAAUGCGACGGGUCAUCUCGUAUUACGAAUGCCCAUAUCUAGC